UGGCCGAAGGGAGCUGAACAGAAGAGUGAAACUGAAAGUGGUUUUUCGCAGGAAGAAGCCAAGUUGACCCUUGUGUGAAGGUGUUUGUGUGAAAUUAGUGUGCGGAGUCCAGUUGCGAGGGAUUUCGAAUCGAAGCGACGAUCAAAAUGGUUGCGAGCGGGAAAAUGAUGAACGUGCGCGUCACGACGAUGGACGCCGAGCUGGAGUUUGCGAUACAGCAGAGCACCACCGGCAAGCAGCUGUUCGAUCAGGUCGUCAAAACCAUCGGCCUGCGGGAGGUGUGGUUCUUCGGCCUUCAGUACACAGACUCCAAGGGUGACCUGACGUGGAUCAAACUGUACAAAAAGGUCAUGAGCCAGGACGUCCAGAAGGGUGACCCGCUGCAGUUCAAGUUCCGUGCCAAAUUCUACCCGGAGGACGUGGCCGAGGAGCUCAUCCAGGACAUCACACUGCGGCUGUUCUACCUGCAGGUCAAGAACGCCAUCCUGUCCGACGAAAUCUACUGCCCGCCGGAGACGUCCGUCCUGCUGGCCUCGUACGCCGUCCAAGCCCGCCACGGCGACUACAACAAAACGACACACGUGCCUGGAUUCCUGGUCAACGAUCGGCUCCUGCCACAGCGCGUCAUCGAUCAGCACAAGAUGUCCAAGGACGAGUGGGAGAACUCGAUCACCACCUGGUGGCAGGAGCACCGUGGAAUGCUCCGCGAGGACGCCAUGAUGGAGUACCUCAAGAUCGCACAAGAUCUGGAAAUGUACGGCGUGAACUACUUCGAGAUCCGCAACAAGAAGGGCACCGAGCUGUGGCUCGGCGUGGACGCCCUGGGGCUCAACAUCUACGAGAAGGACGAUCGCCUCACACCGAAGAUUGGUUUCCCCUGGUCCGAGAUUCGGAACAUCUCGUUCAACGAUCGCAAGUUUAUCAUCAAGCCCAUCGACAAGAAGGCGCCGGACUUUGUCUUCUUCGCUCCUCGCGUCCGCAUCAACAAGCGAAUCCUGGCGCUGUGCAUGGGCAACCACGAGCUGUACAUGCGCCGCCGCAAGCCGGAUACGAUCGACGUGCAGCAGAUGAAGGCUCAGGCCCGGGAAGAGAAGAACGCCAAGCAGCAGGAGCGCGAGAAGCUGCAGCUGGCCCUGGCCGCUCGGGAACGGGCCGAGAAGAAACAGCAGGAGUACGAGGACCGCCUCCGAACGAUGCAGGAGGAGAUGGAACGCUCGCAGGCGAACCUGAUCGAAGCACAGGAGAUGAUCCGCCGCCUGGAGGACCAGCUGAAGCAGCUGCAGUUCGCCAAGGACGAACUGGAGGCCCGCCAGAACGAACUCCAGGUCAUGAUCAAGCGCCUGGAGGAAUCCAAGAACAUGGAGGUGGCCGAACGCCAGAAGCUGGAGGACGAAAUUCGCGCAAAGCAGGAAGAGGUGCAGAAGAUCCAGGAGGAAGUCUCGGUCAAGGACACCGAAACCAAGCGCCUGCAAGAGGAGGUUGAGGAGGCCAGACGGAAACAGGUAAAGCGUAAAAACGAAGCUGCUGCGGCUCUGCUGGCGGCGACGACCACCCCCAACCAUCACCACGUCGACGAGGAGGAAGAGGACAACGAGGAAGAGCUGACGAAUGGUGCCGAGAAUGGAACCUCGCGGGACUACUCGAAGGACUUCGACACCGACGAGCACAUCAAGGACCCGGUCGAGGAGCGACGCACGCUGGCCGAACGGAACGAGCGCCUGCACGAUCAGCUUAAGGCCCUCAAGCAGGACCUGGCCCUCUCGCGGGACGACACCAUGGAGACGGCCAACGACAAGAUCCACCGCGAGAACGUCCGCCAGGGUCGCGACAAGUACAAGACCCUCCGCGAGAUCCGCAAGGGUAACACCAAGCGCCGCGUGGACCAGUUCGAGAACAUGUAAAGCGGCAGCAGCAGCAACAACAACAGCAGUAGCAGCUACUUCGCCUUCUUCUGCUCCUCGCCACGCGCCGAUGGAUCCCAGAUCACAUUACCUUUUUCUUUUCCGUUUUCCGUUCGUUCGUCUCGCGGUUGGUGGGAAGGGAGGAAGUUCUCCCUUUUCCGCUUCGCGCGGAGGUUCCGGCUUAGGUGGAUGGGGGGUGCACGCUGGAAGGGGUAGUUUCGGGGACCAGAGCGAGAGAAAGAGAGAAAGAGACCGAGAACGAGUGCGCCCCCAAGGAGUAUAAACAUUUAUAUAGUAUAUAUUGUGUAAGGUUAAGCAGAGAAAUGGGGGAUAAGCGGAAGAAGCGCCGCUUCUUUUUUUUCUAGUAGUAGUAGCAAUAGUAAUAGUGGUAAAGUGUAGGAAAGUGCGGAAGCGAGAAAGUGCGCGCGCGCGUGCAUGGGGUCUCGGGCCCGGUCCAGGGAAACAACCGAACUACAACACAUACACACACACACACAGACAAACGGUCGGACACGGCAAGAAAGUUUAGCAAUUUACCGUUUACACACAAACACACAUACACUAUUAUCGUUAAUGUAUACUUAGGGGGAGUUAGGAUUUUUAUACUAACUAACUUCCGCCUAACUUGACGCUGGUUUCUGGGUCUGGCAAGCACAUACACACACAUACUUAAAUAGUUAGACGCGUGCACACACACAGACGGACGAGCAAACGGUGACGAGAAAUCAUUUGUGGUAGGGAAAAGAGUGUGUGUGGACGUGUGAUUGGGUAGUAUUGUAACUUCGAUAACAUUUGUUGAGCAUUGACUAUCUUCCACCAGGAUGGAUUGAAGAUGGAAGUUUUCUUUUCCCUAAAGAGUUAGACUCUUUUCGUUUUUUUUUCUUUAUUUUGUAACUGUACCUUCCAAACAAAAAGUAUUUAAGCAGCAAAGUUGCAUUUUCGUCCUGCUCCUAGUUCGGAAGUAGGUUUCCUCGUCCUUCCUUUUUCGUGGUAUUUUCCCUCUCGAUUUCGGACGGUGUGCCCUGAUUCAUUCGCCGAGAAGAUCUAUAUUAUUAGCAUGAAGCAUAUAAAUUACACAAGUAGGAGCAAGAAGUUGAAUAAGUUGAACAUUGUUAUUACUGCAUUACUGUAUAGUCGUAGGAAGAAAAUAACUAACUGAAUAGAAUGAACGAGAAAGAGGAAAACACCUUUACCAGAGUUUCAGUCUGUCCCAAGUGUGGGUGCCUUGCAUUGAGGAAUAGCGGCAAAUGGGUCAUAUUGAGAAGAUUGACAGAGCGUUGUUUGACAUAAAAACGAUAAAUCUAACAAAACUGAUCUUUUCUAGUUAAAACAGACAUUUUUCCUGUCAAAACUGAUUGCCUUUCUGUCAAACUGACUGCUUUUGCAGUAAGUUUCAUCACGUUAACUUGUUUUGACAUUAAGACUAACAACUAAUCGUUUCGAGUUCAAACUGAUCUAUUUCAUGUCAGAAGUGAUUGUUUUCAGUGAAAUUUACUGCUUUUAUAAUAAAUUUCAUCGUUUUUUUUUAUUCAAAACUGACUGCUUUUGCUGAAAUUCUCAUCGUUUUUACUUGGUUUGAUAUUAACACUAUCAACAUUAUCGUUUUCCAUGUUUAGAAUUGAUUGCCGCCUGUGUCCAAACUUAUCGUUUGCUUGUCAAAAAAUGAUCGUUUACAAUGGCAUAUUCUCCAAAAUGAAGAUGUCGUUGUAGGGUAAACGUGGAAUGCAGCUAAUACUUUCAGUCUGGAAUGGAAUCGCUUCGUAACAAUGAACAACGUUAAGAACCGAUUGCAUGAAAGACACUGGGUUUGACGAUGGAGUGUCUUCUACAUACCGCAGAUCGGGUCUAUGUCAUUUGGCAUAAGAUCGUUUGGCGUAAACAGCAGUUGCCAUUUGGCAUAAAAAAGAAGGCAGCGUUUCUAUUAUACCAACUGAUUCCAAACAACCUUAUGUCAAAUGACGUUAUGCCAGAUGUCCCAAACCCCCACAAAACAGAUGAUCAUGAUAUACAUACACACAUACAUACAGAAACUGCGGAUAACGCCUGUAAUUGUUAUUAAGUUUAAUCAACUUACUCGUAGGGAUUGAAAUUAAGUUUAGUAUACAAAAAAAACUAAAAUUCGAAAAAAAUAAAGCUAAAAAAAACAUAAGUUGUUAAUUCUAAUACUUAGGAAAACAGCCCAACUUAUUAGAACUAUUACAACACAUACACACACCCAGACAGAUAUGCCUCAAAACAUAGAAUAUGUUUCUCUGGAUUUGUGAUUAAUAUUUUCACUGCAGUUAACACACACACACACGUUUUCAAAACACACGUCCAGGGCAAUGGAUAACGAAAUCCUUCCAUUAAAAAAAACGAAAUAAGCGCUAGAAAUGUUAUUCAAUUUUCUUUUCUGUAAAAAAAAACCCUAAAAUUUCCGAUUUCGAAUGGCAAUCGAGAAGAGCAAAUAAUGGUAAUCAACAACACUCUUAACGGAAAGUGUACAACAACAAUCGCAUCCAUCUCUCGGGAGAACGAGACGUGACCACACACAUAUACAUACACGCGCAUGUAAUAAUUUCUAUCUGCCAUUAUUUUACGUUUUUAUUUUAUUAUUUUUGUUUAAAUUAUUUUUAAUUAAUUGGAUAAAAUUGAAAAGUAACAACAUGUAAGCAAAACGAUGAAACACAUACACACAGAAACACUUUUUUGAUUUAUGCAAACACAACACACACAUACAACCAAACAGACAGACACUGGAAACUGCGCCCGCGAAAAGCGAAUGUAAAAAAAUGAAGAACACAGACACAUACAUACAAAUGAAAAAGAGAGAAAAACGAGAAAAAAAACACAAAGAAGAAUCAUACAACAAUCGAAAUAUAUAUAAACAUAGUGAAGUGAGAGAAAGAAAAAACGGCCCACUUCAGACGCUUGCAAAACGAGACGAGAAGAAGUGGUAGAAGGUGGUCGGUCACAACAACUACAACAACAAAAACAAACCACAAAAGGUGGGGCUGAAUUUUUUCCAAAGAUUUUUUUUCUUGCUUCGUCUCUCCAAGGUCCCGAAAUGUCAUCAGUAUUUUGUUUUUUUUUUAUCUUUCUUCGGUUUCCAUCCAACCCCCAAACACACACAGAAACACAUACACACACGUCAACACACAAGGUGGACAAUGAUUGAAACGAUUUUAUAGCUGUUUGUUUUUUUACUAGUUUUCGAUCAGUUGAAUUUUGUUGUGUUCUAGCGUUUCACAUUGAUUUUACUUUAUAUGUAUGAUGAUUCCUGUAUCUAUUCUGUAUUUGGUGGUAAAAUCUUUGAUAAAAAUUCACGCCAUAUAAUGUAA